AUGGGGAGAGGGGACAACAGCAACUGCAGCCUCCACACGGCCAAGCACCGCAGCUCUUCCUCGCCUCUCCUGACCGCGUGCCAGACCCAGGCGGGCAGCGACAGUAGUGAGGCAGCAGAUGGAGCUGGCCCCUGGGAUGAAGAAGUCACCAAGUGGUGGGGAGAGUGGAGCUCCUGGUCCACCUGCUCUCGGUCCUGUGGGGGAGGCGUGAUGUCCCGGGAGAGGCACUGCUUGCGACAGAGGCUCCAGAUGCCCCAGGGAACAAACAGCACCAUGUGUGUUGGUCAAGCCAAGCACUACCAAUUGUGCCAGCAGCAGCCCUGCCCAGCCAACACAGCAAGCUUCAAACAGCAGCAGUGCUCCGGUUUCAAUGCCAAAGCCUUUGGGAAGCGCUACUAUCACUGGAUGCCCCUCUAUCCAGAUGACUACACCAGUAUCUCCAACAAGCCAUGUGACCUCCAAUGCACCACCCAGAGUGGAGAGAGGCAGCUGAUGGCCCGAGCACAGGAUGGUACCUCCUGCAAGGACAGGACCUAUCAAGGGGUCUGCAUCAACGGGAAGUGUGAGCCAGUUGGGUGCGAUGGGAGCCUGUACUCGCCCCGGACGAUGGACAGAUGCAGGGUGUGUGGAGGGGACGGCAGCACUUGCCACCGUGUCUCGGGCAGCUUCCGAAAGGCAAUCUCACAGAUAGGUUACGUGUUCAUCACCAACAUCCCUGCCGGUGCCACGGACAUCCUCAUCAUUGAGCGCAGGAAAACAGAAAACAUCCUAGCACUUGCAGAUGAAUCCGGGCAUUUCUUCUUCAACGGCAACUCCGCCAUUGACAACCCCCAGAACUUCAGGGUAGCUGGCACGAUCUUCAAGUACCGGCGGCCUUCAAGCCUGAGCUCAGAUGGGUUGGAGUAUAUCAUAGCUCACGGGCCCACUAACCAGUCUCUGAAUGCCAUGUACUAUAACUUUAAUGGGAAAAUGCCACACAUCACUUAUGACUACACUGUACCGCGGACGCCACCUCUCCAAACUGCAGCCCCUGCUGUAGACAGACCUCUCUAUCAUCACCUACCAGAGACCAGCCAGAACCAUCCCAUUCCAGCCAACUCCAGAGUUGCCCAGGACUUCAAUGCCACAUGGCUCUCCUUGUUGCCAGCUGACACCAGCGAACAGCUUCCUCUAAGAGAAGGGCAUGAAGAUUUAGGCUUUGGUCACCCGCACUUCUUCCAGACCAACUCCACCAGUCAGACUCGGGACUGGGGCUGGGAACAAGGUGAAGAGAAGGAAAAGGAGCUGCAGCACCUGGCAGCCAGGCUGGCCCCGAGGAACUCCACAGCAGGACUACGGACUGAGACGGCAGCCUGGUGGCCACAGGGCCUCCACAAAGCACCGGCCCGUAAGAACUCACUGGAGGACUUGAAGGUGGAGGCAUUUGCUGGGAGUCAGGGGGAAGCAGCCAACUACAGCGUGGUGGCAUCUGUGGAAAGCCCUCUGCUAGGUGCCAGCCCAACCGUGGACAUCAGCCAGGCAGAGCCUCUGCAAGCCCCUGGCACUGAAAGCAAUGAGUUUGAAGUGAGCCCCAUGGGCCAUGACGACAUUAGCUUGGCUGACAUGUAUCGGUGGAAAGUCUCAGCUUAUGCCCCCUGCAGCUCCACAUGCACUUCAGGUAUCAGCACCUCCUAUGCGAUGUGUGUCCGGUACGACGGAGUGGAAGUGGAUGAAACGUACUGUGAUGCCCUAACCCGACCAGAACCUACUCACGAAUUUUGCACAGGGAGAGACUGCCAGCCUAGGUGGGAGACGAGCCGGUGGAGCGAAUGCUCCAGAACCUGUGGUGAGGGCUAUCAGUACCGCACUGUGCGCUGCUGGAAGAUGCUGGCUCCAGGCUUUGACAGCUCCGUUUAUGACGACCUCUGUGAGUCAGCUGGGCUGGCCAGGCCCAUGGAGAGGAAAGCCUGCAAGAACAAGGCUUGUGGGCCCCAGUGGGAGCUCUCCGAGUGGUCUGAGUGCUCGGCCCGGUGUGGCACGCAGGGGACGAUGAAGCGGGAAGUGCGCUGCUCGGUGGAAGCACCCGUCUGCGACGAGUCCCGGAAGCCCAGCAGCGAGAAGGCGUGCACAGGCCCACCCUGCGACCGCCGCUGGACCACUUCGGAUUGGGGCCCAUGCUCAGGUUCGUGUGGCGAGGGACGCAUGAGCCGCUUCAUCGCAUGUCGCAACCUGGAGGGCAAAGUGAUCUCUGACUCGCAGUGUGACCCAGCCACCAAGCCCCUGGCUGUCCAUCCGUGUGGAGACAAGAACUGCCCCGCACACUGGGUGGAGCAGGAGUGGGACCAGUGUGAUGCCAGCUGUGGGCGAGGAAUGAAGACCCGGGUCGUCUUGUGUGCAGGCCUGGAGAACGGUGUGUACAGGGAGUACCCCGAGAAGCGCUGUGAGGCCUCUCAGAAACCUGAGGAGCAAGCUGCCUGUUUCAAGAGGCCAUGUUCAACGUGGUUCACUACCUCCUGGUCUCAGUGCAGCAAGACGUGUGGUGCUGGUGUGCGACUGCGUGAGGUGAAGUGUUACCAGGGGGAAGCACUGGCUCAGGGCUGUGACCCCGCUUCCAAACCAGAAGCCAGGCAGACAUGCCAACUCCAGCUGUGCCCCACAGAGGCACCAGAAGAAGAUUGUGAAGACAAAGUGACGGCCAACUGCGUGCUGGUGCUGAAGGUGAAGCUGUGCUCUCACUGGUACUACAGGAAGGCUUGCUGCCGGUCGUGUCGGCUCAAGUCACCUUGACAGCUGCCAGGCGUACUUCCCUUCCAAGUACAGGGGCAAGAGCCCCGUUGGGCCAGACUUUACCACUUGAAGCCACCCCACUUGGCUUGGCUGUGGAGCCAGUCCCUGUAGACCAGCCUGCUCAGCGAGGAAGAAUUCCUAGGACUUAGUCAUCACCGUUCCUUCUCCACCAAAAGGAUUUUACACAAGACAAACCACCAGUUCCUAGAAGGCUACUGAGAAGUGAGUUGGGAAGGCCUGUUCCUGCUGUCGUCAUCUCUGAAGAGCUCUAGUCAGAGGCGGUGGGGCGCAGAGGCCAACCUGCAGCAGGGCACAGACGACAGCAGCCAUCUCUCUGGUCUGCCCUGCAGGUUCUUCUACUACAAGGGCAACUUCCA